AUGUUCCUACGCAAGGGCCGUGGAACCUGGACUAUACUUCGGGCAUCGAUCACCCGACGCUUACGCCUCAAGGGCAAAGUCGACCCUGCGGAUAACGAUCAAGCAACAGGCCACCACGAUGCCCACGACACACCGACAACACAAUCCCCCGAUAUCCAUGUCACACCACCCGCUAGAAGGGAUACACGAUGCGGUGACACAGACGGGAUUGUCAAUCAGCUGGCCCUCCUCGCAGCAAGCGUCAGUCGAUCAUCCCCGCGCACGACCAUCUGCUCGAGAAGAUCAUCCUCUCCAUUAUCCACAAACGCACAGAGCACGAGACCAGAUGGUGGCAACAGCCAGGAAUAUCGAGUCGAAGACGUGGAAUCCUUCCAUUACCUGCGCAGUCUGAUCACCAUCUCCUGCCUUCCACAACAGUCUUCGCCAGGCCUAAAUCCAAUCAGAUCAAACGUUGAUGGAACCGAGAAGCAGUCACCUGGUCGCAAAAGAGCAUCAUCAAGACUAAGCUUACGCCUUGGUGAUCUACCUGGUCUUUCCUUUCCCAAAGUGCCCAGGAAACCCUGUCCUCGUUAUACACCCCUGCCGCCAGUAUACACCCCCAAGCCAAUCGCAAUGUGCCCCGAGGUGCGUUUUUGA